GCUGCCCGAAAUGGCGGCGGCGGGGCGGAAGGGGAAGGUGGGCUCUUCCCCAAGAUGGCGGCGCCCAAGGGCGGCGUGGCCGGGGGAAAGAUGAAGCGGCCGGCGGCCGCCCGCGCUCGCCGCGGCGGGAAGCUGGCCAGGCUGCGGCACUCGGUGCAGGAGUUCGUGCAGGCAGCCGGCGACCAGCCGCCGUUGCUCCUGCUGAAAGACGCGGAGAGGCAGAACCGCAGGAGCCGCCGGGACGCAAGGAAAGAGAAGCGCAGGCUCAAGCGGAGCCGCCGCCGCCGCCUCCAACGCGGCGAGCCGGUGGAGGCUCCCGCCGCCCCGGCCAAGCCGGCCCCUGCUAAGGCGGCUCCGGCCAAGCCGGCUCCGGCCAAGCCGGCUCCGGCCAAGCCGGCUCCGGCCAAGCCGACUCCGGCCAAGCCGACUCCUGCCGCGCGGCUCAGAGCCCCGGCCUCGCCCGCCGCCACCGGGAAGCAGCGGCCGGGGCCGGCCUCGCCAACCCGUUUGGCACCCCCCGCCGCCGUAACCGUCUCGGCGCGGAAGCGGGCCCUACUGGAGGCCAACGAGGAGGAGGAGAAGGAGAUCCGGCGCCUGGAGCGGCGGCUGGGGCUGGGCAAGCGCCGCAAGAAGAAGCAGGAGGGGACCGCGUUCGAGAAGGUGCCUCAGAGCUUCCUGCGGGACGGGCUGGGCUAUGUGCUGGGCGCCCUGGGCUCCCGGGCCGGCCUCAGCCAGCUCUGCGAGAGCACCGACGAGGAGGAGGCCCCGGGGCCGCGGGAAAAGGGCCGGCCCGCGCCGGCCGAGGACCCGCCGGGGCUGAGGGAGGACGAGGAGGAGGAUCCAGAAGACGCUUCAGACUCCUCCGACGGGGAUGAUGUGGAGGGACAGUGGGAGAGUGACAGCUCGUCCCCCGAGGACGGCGGGGGGUCAGAGGCCAGCGAGCCCCCAGGCGAAGACGAGGAGGAAGAAGAGGAGGAGGAGAGUCAUAAUCACAGUGCUACGAAGUAUGUUCCCCCUCAAGUAAGGAAAUCUCAGGAGAUACUAGAUGACAAGAAAAGAGAAGAAUUGGGAAGACUGAAGAAAAUGGUGAAUGGCCUCAUUAAUAGGUUGAGCGAACCGAAUUUGCCCUCCAUUAGUGGACAGAUGGAAGACCUCUACAUGGCCAACAGCAGAAAGGACAUGAAUGAAACUCUGACAGAUAUUCUCAUGAAUGCUUGUGUGACUGCAGUUGCCAUGCCUUCAAGAUUGAUGAUGGAGCAUGUCCUUUUGGUCAGCAUUCUUCAUCAUAAUGUAGGAGUGGAGGUUGGUGCUCACUUUUUGGAAGCCGUGGUGAAGAAAUUUGAUGAAAUCUGUAAAAGUGACGCUGAAGGGAAAGAAUGUGAAAAUCUGCUUGCCUUGAUUGCUCAUCUGUAUAACUUCCAUGUGGUUCAUUCCCUGCUGAUCUUUGAUAUUCUGAAACAGCUUGUUAGCGCUUUCACUGAAAAAGAGAUUGAGUUGAUUUUGUUUCUUCUGAAAAACGUGGGCUUUUCCUUAAGAAAAGAUGAUGCGUUGGCUUUGAAGGAACUGAUUACUGAAGCCCAGAGGAAAGCAAACACAGCAGAGAAGAAAUUCCAGGAUCAGACUAGGGUUCGCUUUAUGCUGGAGACUAUGUUGGCACUGAGGAAUAAUGACAUGCGUAAGAUUCCUGGAUAUGAUCCUGAACCAGUUGAAAGACUCCGCAAAUUGCAAAGAACACUGGUUCGCAGCAGCGGAAAAGAAACUCAACUCCGUGUCUCCCUGGAAUCUCUCCUCAGUGCUGAUCAGGUUGGUCGCUGGUGGAUCGUAGGGUCAUCCUGGAGUGGAGCACCAAUGAUCGAUGAUACAAACAAGAAGACUCAGCAAAAACUGCAUAUAGGAAAGGUGAGUUCAAAGAUAAUGGAGCUUGCUCGUAAGCAGAGAAUGAACACUGAUAUCAGGAGAAGUAUUUUCUGUGUCUUGAUGACAAGUGAAGACUUUCUGGAUGCUUUUGAAAAGCUUCUCGGGCUUGGACUGAAAGAUAAGCAGGAGAGAGAAAUUGUUCAUGUUAUCCUUUACUGCUGCUUACAGGAGAAGACAUAUAACCCCUUCUAUGCAUUUUUGGCUGGCAAGUUUUGUGAAUGUGACAGACGAUUUCAGGUGACAUUUCAGUUUAGUAUUUGGGACAAAAUCAAAGACUUAGAAAACCUGUCAGCUGCUGCUGUCUCCAACUUGGUUUCACUGUUGGCUCACUUAUUAAGGACAAAAUCGUUGCCGCUUUCAGUUCUCAAGGUAAUCGAAUUUAGCGAACUAGAUAAACCCAAAGUCCGCUUCUUGCGACAAGUAUUAAGCAUGCUGUUAAUCAAAACAGAUCCUGAAGAACUUUGUGACAUUUUUGUGAGGGUAUCUGACAACCCCAAACUGGGCAUGCUACGGGAAAGCUUGAAACUCUUCCUUACUCACUUCUUACUGAAAAAUGCACAAGCUCAAAAAAAUCCUGAAGAAGUUAGCUUAUUAAAAGAAAGAGUUGAACUAGCAAACAAGGCUUUGCAAGCAAAAGAACCCAAAUUGAAGCUAUAGUUCUGUUUUUCUAAUAAAACAUUUAGAAAAACUGAGUCUGUAUGAAGAUGCAAAGCUUUGUUAGUCUUUCAAACCCAAAUAAUUGAGAAUGAGGAGAGCCGUGUUAUUCUAAAGGAUCUGUUUUUUGACGUAAAGUUACUUUGCCCUAUGCACUAGUUACAGGUUUAAUUGAAGGUGAUACACGGCCUUUUUGAAGAAAGGGAAAAUGUAUUCUUUUGUCACGUCCCUUUUUAGCAUGAGUGCUUCAUGUUGCUGGGUAGUGUCUGGAGAAGAGCAUGAGUUUCUCUUGUAUGAUACUCCCAGUCAGCAGUAGCGUUCUGUGUUGCAUAUUCUAACCUUUCAUUUAAAACAAUAGCAUAAUACUGACCACUGUUAAAGAAGCAGCCUUAGCCAGAGGCUUUUGGUAACUAAUUGUUGUAUUUGCCUGAAGAAACAGGCCACUAGAUGGCAUGAGUACGGGUGAGUCAGUUUUGGAAGAAAACAACUUUUUUCUUAAAGUGUUGAAGUUACCUUCUAAUUCUGUGAAUUGUUUACCUGACUGUCGGUCAGGAAAAGAUCUUCAGUUGGAUGCAAAGCUGUAGUAAAACGACUUGAAGAUCUGACUUUGCCCAAUUAUAUUGGGCUUAGAGAUAACAGCAUAGUUUUAUUGCUCUUUUAGCCUGAUUUUCGUGACUUUAAAAUUGGAGUUGCCUAAUCACUUGUGUUAAUCAGAUUUUUCUAGGCAUAAAGAAUAUCAGUAUGAGUCUUUCAGUAGGAGAAUACCUUCCUUAAGAAUUUGCUCGCAUUUUCUGUUCAGAUGUUUUAAAAAAAAAAAAAAAAUCGUGUACAUUUCUUUCGGUAACACUCAGUGUUAAUGGUUUGUUUCUUUUGUCACCUCACCACUACACAUUAAACUGAGAUUUUUCUAAAGGCUUUGCUGUUUGUAUUAGCUUUACUCUAGCUGACUUGCCAGGAAGGGAAUGACCUUAAAGUGGGGGAAGAGGAUGAAGCACUUUAUUGUCUGCAGUAUACAUCGGCAUAAUCUACCUGUGCUGGAGCUGCCAGCCCUAUUUCUGUAACUGGGCUUGCCCUCGGGUGUUCAAUAGUCCACUCACUUAUGGUGCCUCCUCAUUGCGUUUGAUAACAAUUGAUCUGUUCAGCUGCUUUGGAUCUGUCCCUGUUGGGAAAAUUUGUUUCCCAUAGGCGUCCUCCAGAAAAUUUUCAGUUCUGCAGCAAGAAAGAUGGACAACGAUUUUUAAAAUUCUUUUUAUUUUUUUAAUCAAAGAGUUGAAUGUAGAGUACUCUGCUUGCUCAGUUGUAUGAGCAAUGUUUUCAGGCGGAGGAGCGCUUCCCCCAGCAGCCAGGGAGCUGUUUUUCUCACCUCUCCUCUUUUGGAGAGGGCAAGUUGUAGGGAACAGGGUGUGCUGGGACCAGAGAGACCCAGUAUUAAAAUCCCAGGUUACACGAGCAUGGUAACAACUAACACCGAAGAGAUUACUAUCCAAAGAACAAAGCAAGAUGCUUUCUUCAGCCUGUUUCAUAUUGUUGGCAGCUUUUAAGCAUACAAAACUGGCCGUUUCCCCUCAGUUGUAUCUUACUUGCCAUAGGCAGAAGAGGAAAAAAAUUUAGCUAAAAUAUUUCUAAAAUUCAUACCCAUUAAAAAAAGUAUGGGCAGCAGAAGAACUGACACUAUUUUGAUGGAUACAAAAGUCACCACUUCAGAGACUGCAUGCGAACGGCUCCCUUGCAAACAACAGUGCCGAACCUCCUGUUUUAGUUUUGGAGGCUGGACUCGGGAGAAAAUCUGUGCAAGCCCCUAGAAACUGGCUGCUGUGGAAUGCACGGGACCUCGGUGAGUAAAAAUUGCUCCCCCUAGACUGCAGCAGCCACCUAAUUAAUUACCUUUUUUUGCAGGAGUUUAGGUAGACCCAGCAUUUCAACGUGUUUGUGGUUUAAUAAUACAUAAAUGGAAACACAUUGCUGUAGCUGGGAGAUGGAGGCAACUUUACUCCUCGAGAUAAAUCCUGAAACAUCUUCCUUAAAUUAAAUGGGACAGGCUGCCGGUUCCUUGGUCGAGCACUUUCCUGGGUGACCAGAACUGACCACGCUUUGCUGCCCGGGGAAAGACCCAUAGUGUUUUAUGGGUCUGAAUCCAUUCACUUGCUGCAGCUGCCUGAGGCGGUGUGAUGCAGGUGUUGCUAUGCAAUUAGAGGAGAUGGUUUUAACCUUAUACUCUAAAAUUACAAUUGCGCUUUUUUUUUUUUAAACAGAGACUUGCAUUAGCUAUUUUUUUAUCCCAAACAGCUACUAGGUUUUGUUCAAACUUACAGUUACAUUAUUAUGCUUUGUUGCUGAAGAAAACAGAUUUUACCUGCCUGCAGCUUUUCCAUUUGUCACGUUUAUAUAUAAACAUAAAUUUUUUUGAAAACCUGAAUUUUCCAGGAAAGCGGCCAAAAUAUGCUGCCAGUCCACAGUGCCAUAGUCAUGGUACAAGGACAGUUGCUGCAGGUGAUUCUGCGUAAGUCCUGUCCUUUCGCUGUGAUUCUGUGAAGGAAUAACUGCCAAACAGAAAUUUGAAAAUUCUAAGAUAAAUUUGAAUUCCUGAGUCUUGGAUUUUGCCACGUUUAACAAUUUAUUUUUUUUCCGUGGUUUCACUGACCAAACUGCCGGAGCUUGACGGAGGCGGAAGACCUGUCAGAGCAUGCUGUUACUGUACGUACGCAUCUGCAAGCUCUCGCUUCUGCGGUCCAGUCGCAUCCCAAGGAUACAAGGCACACGUGAAAAGGAAA